GCGGCCGUUUAUAAUCAUCCGCCCUGCGGACUCAGCUGCGAUUCUCAAAGUCUGAUGCUCGUGGAACCAUCCGCGGCUGCGUACGGCAGGCUGGUUCGCUGUUACGCUGCCGCUACACAUGCGUCCUUAUCCGGCCACACGGAUUUAAUGUCCACGGAGGGGUCCACAGGAUUAAUUUUCACCAUUUUUUCGGACUAUUUUAGAGAUUAGUUUCCCCCAGUAAGGAGAGUCCAUCACCCCGCCACCAUGCCGCUCAGCUCCGCUCUAGUGAGCAGGAACUACGACUACGAUUACGACUCCCUCCAGCCGUACUUUUACUACGACCACUCGGAGGAGGAUUUCUAUCCGCAGCAGCCGCAGCCCCCGGCGCCCAGCGAGGACAUUUGGAAGAAGUUCGAGCUUCUUCCCACGCCGCCGCUGUCGCCCAGCCGGCGGCCGUCACUCUCGGGCUUGCCCUACCCAUCCACCGCCGACCAGUUGGAGAUGGUGAGCGAGUUCCUCGGCGACGACGCAGUCAACCAGAGCAUCAUCUGCGACGCCGACUACUCUCAGAACUUCCUCAAGUCAAUCAUCAUUCAGGACUGCAUGUGGAGCGGCUUUUCGGCCGCGGCUAAGCUCAAGAAGGUGGUGUCCGAGCAGCUCGCCUCGCUGCACGCUGCCCGGAGGGAGUCCACCGCCUCCUCUGCCGGCGCGGCCAGCCCCGCGACCGCCGCCCCCUCGGCGCACGCUUCCCCGGCUUUAGUCACUUCUGACGCCGGCUCGGCGGAGCCUCCCGGUGGGACCGCCUGGAGGCUGAACAGCAGCUACCUGCAGGACCUCAACACGUCGGCGUCCGAGUGCAUCGACCCCUCGGUUGUCUUCCCCUACCCGGUGGCUGAGACCCCCAAGCAGGGCGAGCCCCCCUGUCAAGACUUGAGACUGGACACGCCGCCCAACAGUGGGAGCAGCAGUUGCAGUGACUCAGAGGAAGACGACGACGAUGAGGAAGCUGUGGGUGAUGAAGAUGAGGAUGAGGAAGAGGCGGAGGACGAAGAGGAGAUCGAUGUAGUGACAGUGGAGAAGCGACAGUCGGCUAAACGCCCCGACUCGUGCGUCUCGACGGACACUCGCCAUCCCGCCGGCCCCCUGGUGCUCAAACGUUGUCACGUCACCACCCACCAGCACAACUACGCCGCUGCCCACCCGCCCGCUCGGCAUGAGCGACAGCCGCUUCUCAAGCGCCUCAAGAUGGACAACGGAGCUGCAGGAGGCGUGAGCCAGAGCCGCGUGCUGAAGCAGAUCAGCAGCAACCGCAAGUGCGCCAGCCCGCGCUCCAACCCGUCAGACUCUGAGGACCACGACAAGCGUCGGACUCACAACGUGCUGGAACGCCAGCGGCGGAACGAGCUCAAGCUCAGCUUUUUCGCGCUGCGUGACGAGAUCCCCGAGGUGGCCAACAACGAGAAGGCAGCCAAAGUGGUCAUCCUGAAGAAGGCGGCCGAGUGCAUCCGGGAAAUGCAGGCCGACGAGCGCCGUCUGCUGUCGCUCAAGGAGCAGCUCAGGCGGCGGGCGCAGCUCCUCAAGCACAAACUCUCAACGCUGCAUGAGCAGCGCGCUUAAAACUCGCCAUGUUUCUUCGGUUGUUGUUUUUUUUGUACAGUUUGCAUGAGGGGAAAAAUGUUUGGAAUCAUGUUGGAUUUCAAUGUUAAAACUGCCUCAAUUCAAGUUAUUAUGGGUGGGUUAAAAUAUUUAAAGUUUAUUUUUAUUAAGAAAAUGGAAGAAAAAUCGGGGUCCCGCAGUUUCACAGUUGGGGCCCAAAUUAAAAUAUACAUUUUUAUGUUUUUGUAUAUAAUUAUUAUUUCCUAAGAAAAUGUAUUUUUGGAGCUCAAUUGUCUGGAUGUUCAGACCCAAUGUUUGUUUUUUCAUUCUGUUCAUA